AUGAUAGUGCCAAGGCAGCCUCAGCCUCAGCCUCAGCCGCAUGCUGCUACUACUACCACCACGGGAAGCGGGACUGCUAGCGCUGCUGAGUGCGGCGGCGGCGGCACGGCUCUCAGAAACACCAGCAUGGGGAAUGCGGCCGUGCAGGUGCGUCAAGAGGGGUCCGCUCAGCAGCCUCGGAAAUAUCACAGCAGCAUUGCUCCUGGUGGUGCGGCCACGGUAUCACGGAUCACCAACAGCACCAGCACCAGCACCAGCAUGGGGAAUGCAGCAACAGCGCCACUGGCGCUGCGGCGUGGGUCCGCGCGGCAGCAGCAGCAGCGGCGCCUCUCAUCUGCCGCCACGCUCUCCGCGGCGACGAGCGCCCGCGCUGCCAGCGGUCGUACGCCCGCACCCGUCACGCUCCCGGCGCAUCACCAGUUCCCGCAUUGGGCGGCGGUGCACGCGGAGGAGCUGAGGCGCGUGCCCCAGGACGUGAUGCCAGAGGACGGGCACUGCUGGCUGAAAUACGGCGAGAAACGAAUCCUCAAGUCAUCCUGCCACAGCACUGCGACCCCAACCGCCGCCCCCUCUCCCACCGUCGUCCGCUCAUGUCCCGCUUGCAAGCGCGUUGACUGGCAGCUACUACACCUCACUCCUGCCGUCCACCCCUCGCAGCUGCCGCCCGGUUUCGACGCGGCUGCGCAGGCGGCAGGUAAGCCGCCUGGGUCUAUAAUUUUCACCCGGGUGGCGUAUGUGGGCAAGCACAACCACAGUGACGCACCCAUUAGCUUCCGAAUUAGUCCCUCUGCAGCACCGGAUGCAGCUGCUGCUUCUGCUGCUGCUGCUGCUACUGCUGCUGCUGCUGCUACUGCUUCUUCUUCGGCUGCCGCCGCCGCUGCUGCUGCUGCUGCUAGCCAAGGUGGGGUGGGUAAGCCUGCAGAGCGGGCAGAUGUGGUGGGUAUUGGAGGCGAGAAGGGUGAGUGGAACGAACAGCAGCAGCCGCAGCAGCAUUUGCAGCAGGCGGCGCAGCAGCAGGGGCAGCAGGGGCGGCGUGAAGCAGCACUCUUCCACGCCCUCCUCUCUCGGCAAGCGGUCACGUGCAGACGACUCCUCCUUAAUGUCGGAACCGUGCUUGCCCUCUCAUGCUCCUCUCAUGCCCUCUCAUGCUCCUCUCAUGCCGCUCAUGCCUCUCCCGCCACUCUCGCUUCUCCCGCCACUCAAGCGUCUCACUCCCUCCCCCAUGCAGCUCAGAAGCAGCAGCAGCAGAAGCAGCAGCAGCAGCAGCAGCAGCAGCAGCAGCAGCAGCAGCAGCAGCAGCAGCAGCAGCAGCAGCAGCAGCAGCAGCAGCAGCAGCAGCAGCAGCAGCAGCAGCAGCAGCAGCAGCAGCAGCAACAACAACAGCAGCUGCAGCAGCUACAACAGCAGCUAGAGCAGCAGCAACUGCAACAGGAGCAACAGCUGCAGCAAAGUGCUGCUGCUUCCGAUGCUGCUGCUUCCGGUGCUGCUGGUGUCAGUGCUGCUGGUGUCAGCGCUGCUGGUGCCAGUUCUCCCAUGGUUCCCCCACCCACAUCCCCAGCUGCCCUUUCAGGCGCCCCGCUAGAAGUCCCUCUGGACUCCCACUCUCUGCUGAUCUCGGUGCUCCGUGCCAAUCCCUCUCGCGCCGACCUCUUGUCAAGCCCCAGCAGCCAUGGCAGCAGCCCCAUCCGCAGCACCAGCUGCAGCAACAGCAACGCUGGUAACCGUGCCGGGAAUUAUGCUGGGAAUAUUAUCGGUAACCGUGAUUGGAGCGGCAUUCUUGCUGGGAACAAUGCCGGUUGUAACAACCGGAGCAGUGAGAGGCACGACAGCUGGCGCCCCGUGACGGGCGGCAGUGACGGUUACAGGAGGCCUAUCAGCAGAAGUGGCAGUGCCACCGAUGUGGGCGUGGCUGUUGUGCCUACGUCUGUGACUGCGGUCAGUAACCAGUUUGAUGAAUCAGCGCCACGUCAGCUGCAGGGGCUGCUGGAAGAUCUUGUGCCACGUCAUCUGCUGAAUGGCUCGCAGGCGGUCAUCAGAGCAGCGCAGUACGAGGCACUGGCUACAGCAGCAGGAGCGGCGUUUCAAACACCAGCCACAUCAGCAGCACCAUGUUGGAUCCCUGCUACAACAGCAGCACCCGUUCAGACACCGGCAGCAGGACCUGCGUUUUGGAAACCAGCCACAUCAGCAGCACCAGAUCAGGCACCAGCUAGAGCAGCUACACCAGCAGCAGCAGCAGCAGCAGCUACAGCAGCAGCAGCAUUGGCGUUUCAGUCCAUGGCAUGUCCUGCUGCGGAAGCAGAGCUUACAGCACAACAACAGACGUGGGCCCAGCUCCCAUCUCAAGGCCCCACUGUGUCACCAGCUAUGGCUCAGAACCAACCAGUAGCAGCAGCAUCAGCUGCUGCGCUUGCUUUCCUGUCGCCUCCUCUGCUCCCUCUUACCACCCACACUCCGCACCAAACAGCAGCAGCGGCGGCGGAGGCGCUGGCGCUGCAUUGCAUGUCGCCUCAUGCAGAGCCGCAUCCACUCUCUGCAGAGCUGCUGCCCGCUGCAGUAUCGCCACCCACUACUGUGUCUCAACCCGCUGCAGUGUUGCCACCCGCUCUUGUGCUGCCUACCCUGGCAACCCCAUUCUGUGAAUAUGCGUACUGGCAAUCCCAAGGGGAGGGGCAGCAGCAGCAGCAGGGGCAGCAGCAGCAGGGGCAUCUCACCACUCCUCUGACCAUUCAUCUCACCACUCCCCUCACCACUCCCCUCAUCACUCCUCUCAGCACUCCUGCAGCUGCCAUGGGCCCUGUGCCGCCUGCACUGGCUUUUCACGCAGGGAGUGGUACGCAGUCUGAUGCAGAAGAUACGCAUGGUUACCAGCUUGUCAUCUCACGACAGCAGUUGGAUGUUAGUGACCCGGCCAUUGGAAGGGCUAGUAAUGGCGCCAUUGUUUCUGGUUGUGCCUCUGGUGGUUCUUCUGGUGAUGCCUCUGGUGGUGCUGGUGCUCCUACCACUGUUGACGGUAUGGAGGGCAUUGGCGACGUGGCCGGGAUGGAAGGCACAGGGGCCAUGGGGGAGGAUGAGUUGCUGAUGGAGGCGGCAGCAUGGCUGAGAGAGAAUGGAGGGUUGGAGGCACUGGAUUGGCUGCCAGAUCUUUUAGGCUAA